CAGGUAUUGAACGUGUUGUGUUGGUGCUUCGUGAAUAUAAGAAUAUCAGCUGUUCUUUGUUGUCAUGGUGUAUGUUUGUACAGUUGUUCUCAGUACUUGAUUUUUCAGUUUUGUUUACAAAAAUGGAAUUUGUGCUUUUAUUUUCAAUCCUCUCAGAGAGCCUUGUUACAGUGACAUCACACUAAGUCCGAAUUCAGACGUUGAAACUUUUGUUGCUAUUAUCUCUAGCUUAUCUCUUGGUGUUGUCCAUUGUGUUCACACGAGCGUUUCAAGUCCGUCAACUCCGUCAAUUUUCUGUGGUUUCUUUCAUAUCAUAUUUUUAAAUAAUCGCACUGUACACAUCAUUUCGCCGUACACAUAUGUAUGUUUUCAUUAACUAAUAUUUAACCUAAUUCACCGUUUUCUAAAAAAUGUGUAUACCUAUUUACAUAUUACAUACCAAAAGUAUGUAGGUGAUAAAAUUUAAAUUUUCAAACGUAUUGUAGAGUAUAAAUUUGAGAACGAGUUUCAAAAUGAGAGGAAAUACUAAAUUGCGUAACAAUGAAAUAUUACGAACAAGAACACAAAACGUGUUGCCCGAGCACGAACGACCCUUCGUCUCUCUUCCACGUUCUCUCGCCUUUAAUCUACGAGUUUUGGCAACAAAAGUAUCCUUAUUUGAACCAACACUAAUUUGUUUGUUGUCCGAGAGUAUUUGCUAGCAACAUACAAUACAUCGUAUAUAUACAGAGGCUCUCAUGGCAUGUAAACUGCUUGUUGAAAUGCGGAAUUUCGUAAAGUGGUUGCAGUGGCAGUUGCAAGUUGCAUGUAAAUUCCUGUUUAGCUCGGUGAAAAAAAGAACCGAUAAUCCAGAAGAGACAAAAACAGAAGUUUUAAACGGUGGUUCUCAGACACUUCGAGCAAUGGAAUCCAACAAAACCAUUUACCACAUAACAAAAUUGAUCUACAACGUUUGGCAGUGCUAUGACAAUCAAAAUCUUAUCGAUGUAACAUUCAAAUUGGCCAAUCCACCUCUUUUAGUUCCUGCGCACCGCUUGAUAAUGUCAGCGGCAAGUCCAUACUUUAGCACUCUCUUAAUAACUGAACAAAGCAUUAAUCCUGUUAUCGAGAUAAAUAAUAUUGAUAGCGAUAUCUUUGAGCGGCUGGUAGCAUUUUGCUAUACGGGCACAGCACUAAUAACCGCGAACAAUGCGGAAAAAAUGCUAAAAGGUGCCAUGACAUUAAAGUUGGAUGAUGUGGUUGAGAUUUGUGUUGAUUUCCUUUUGGAGAACAUAUCAGUAUUUACAAUAAAGCGGUUAUAUGACUUGGAGCAUGAAACUCAAUGCUAUCAACUAUCUAAGAAAAUACUGGAAUAUGAAAUAAAUAAUUUCAAAAAGAUAUGUCGAGACCCCAUUUUUGUAACGUUUAGCGCCAAAAGAUUGCAAGCGCUUGUAGAAAGUAAUAAUUUGAAUGUGAACUGUGAAGAGGAUGUGCUUGAAUCAAUUGAGCGUUGGUUUCAGCAUAACGUGGGUGAUCGCAGAAGACCUCUGCCAGAUUUAGUGGCCUGCUUACGUCUUACUAGUUUCGAUGUGGAUAUUUUGUUGACACGUAUUCAAGCUUUGCCGGGUUGCGAGUUAUUGGCAUAUAAGGCUUUGUCGUGGAUAUCUGAAACUUCGGCUCGUAAAAAAAUAUCCUUAAAAUAUACUGAACCUCGCGAAGGGCUGAGUGGUAAUUGGAGAACAAAAGAGUUGAUGGCCAUACAAACAGACUGCGCGGACACAAACCAGGGUUACAUAUUUCGGUUUAACAAGAAAAAAGAUACCUGGGUGCUAUGGGAUAAAAUACUGAUAAACGCUAUUAAUUUUGAAGUAAUUCUUGUGGACGAUACUUUGUUUUUUAUUGGAGGUAAAAUAGAUUACGAAGCGAUAAAAGACGUAAAUAGCUGGAAUUUGAAAACGAAAACAUGGGAACGUUUGCCCGACUUGAAUAAAGCCCGAUACUGGUCAAGUGUUACAGAAUUGGAUGGUAAGAUCUAUGUGAUGGGUGGACGGACGAAUGUUGACAAAGUAUCACAAUCGGUGGAAGUAUAUACGAAAAGAAACGGUUGGAAGGAAGUAUGUGAACUGAUUACGCCACGUUAUGGCGCCCGUGCGGUAACUUUAAAUGGCAAAAUUUUCCUAAUUGGGGGCCACGAUGGAUGCGAUUUACAAGUACAAUCUGUUGAACGCUACGAUCCUAUUACGGAUAAAUGGACCGCAUGCGCACCUUUGCUUAGCGAGCACUAUAUGCCUGGUGUGGCCGUACACAAUCGACACAUUUAUGUAAUAGGUGGUUGCACCCAGAGCCCAAAUGCGAUCGUAGAACUCUACGACGUUCAGACCGACAAAUGGAUUAAGGUUUGCUCUCUGUUUAAUGGUCGUUGGGGCUUAGGUUGCUCUUUUAUAGACAAACAGCUUUGGGCCAUUGGUGGCAGCUCCCAAACGUGUUAUAAAAGUGCUGUGACAGUUUACGAUACGAAAAAGAAUAAAUGGUCUGAAGCUGAAGCACUGCCUAGGGCUGGAAUUUAUUACAGUUUUACAGUCUCAACCACACUUUUAGAAGAAGAGAAAGAAAUUAAGGAAAAUGAAGAAAUAAAGAAAUUGAAAGAAACUAAGGAAUUGAAAAAAAAGAAGGAGGAGAAAAAAAAGAAGGAAGAGAAAAAAAUAAAGGUAAAUAAAGAAAUAAAGCAAGAGAUUGAAAUGAUGGAAGAGAAUGAAAUGACGGAAGAUAGUGAAAUGAACGAAGAGAAUGAAAUGAAGAAAAAAAAAGAAAUAACGGAAAGAAGAAAGAGAAAGAAGAAGAUAAAUAUAAAUACUUAACUACAGUACCUAAGCUGCCAAAUGUGAAACUUUAUUUAUUAAAUAGAAAUAAAAAAUAUACUAAACUUUAUAUAGCUUUUCCCGAGUUUUUUUACUUUAAUAAAUUAUGAAAAUGAAAAAUGAUACUUUUAAGCAAA